AUGGCACCGUUGACCCGGUAUCGUAUGGACGAUGACUUCAAAGCGACGCCCAUGAGCAAAGAGUACUAUGAGCAAAGAGCAUGUGUACCAGGAACCCUCAUCGUCAGUGAGGCAACCAUCAUCUCUAGGAACGCUAUUGGAUGUCGGAACGCCCCUGGAAUAUGGUCGCAAAAUCAGAUUGAUGCAUGGAAAGAUAUCACAACAGCAGUACACGCCAAAGGCUGUGCGAUAUACUGCCAACUUUGGCAUCAAGGCCGUGCUGCGAAGCCCGAUACGCUAGACGAGGAAUGUAUUAAGAUGGUCUCCGCCAGUGCGGUCCCCAUGAGUCCUCAAGAUCGGACACCAGAAGCGAUGACCGAGGAGAUGAUCUGGGCCACGAUAGAAGAUUAUGCCUCUGCAGCUAAGAACGCGAUUGCUGCAGGAUUUGAUGGUGUCGAGAUACACGGUGCUAACGGGUAUCUACCGGAUCAAUUCUUACAGACGACCUGCAACCAACGGACAGAUAGUUGGGGAGGCACUAUUGAGCAAAGAGCGCGAUUUCACCUCGAAGUAAUCAAGGCAGUAAUUGCGGCUGUCGGCACAGAAAGAACGGCAAUGCGUCUGAGUCCUUACAGCGACUUUAAUGGCAUGCUAAUGGACGAGCCCGAGCCGACCUUCAAGUACCUUACGGAAGAGUUAAAGAAACUAGGCUUAGCUUACCUCCACCUUAUCGAAGCCCGCAUUACCGGCAACGACGAUUCGGAAUGCGGAGGACAGAAGACUGUGCGCUGGAUGGUUGAACUGUGGGAUAACGCAAGUCCAGUCAUGCUGGCUGGAGGUUUCCUACCCGAUUCGGCGAAGCAGACUGUUGACGAAGCAUACAAGGACUACGAUGUCAUCAUUGCAUUCGGAAGGUACUUCGUCGCCAACCCCGAUCUUGUCUUUCGCGUCAAGGAGAGCGUACCGCUGGUCAAGUAUGACCGUUCAGUUUUCUAUACCCCGAAAACACCAAAGGGAUACAUCGACUACCCACAUAGUGCGCAAUAUUUGAAAUCCAUGGCGAAGGCUUGA